GACAGACCCUGUAUUUUCUCCCACCGUUUAUUUCCAUUGUCUCGCUUGGCUGACGCCCUAGGAAUCGAAAAAUUCAGUCUCGUGUUUCUGGGAGAACAUCAUUGCGCUACCCUCACUCGGUAGAGCCCGCCCUCCCGCUUGCCCCAAACACUAGCUAAUAGGAACCAAGGUCUUCCGACAGGUAGGCGGGAUCCUGUAAUUGCGAGCGCUAGCUGCCAGUCACACCGCGAGGGCGGGACUUCCUUCCGAACUUGAAGCUGGGCAGGAAGGCCGGGCAAGCGGCUUGAGAGUUGGAAAUCCAUGUGGCGGGGGCUGAGCGUCCUGGCGUCUCGGACGACGCGGGCUCCAAGCAGGUGGCUGUGCGUAUGCCUGCGCAGCGGUGCCCAGUCCUUGGCCCCCGGGAGCACAGUCUUCGCGCUCAGCUCCGGCCAGGGUCGCUGCGGCAUCGCGGUGAUCCGCACCAGCGGCCCAGCCAGCGGCCUCGCGCUCCGAAGUCUCACUGCGCCCCGGGAGCCGCCCCCGGCCCGCAGCGCAGCUCUGCGCCUGCUCCGCCACCCGCGCUCAGGGGAGCCUCUGGACCGGGCGCUGGUCCUCUGGUUCCCAGGUCCCCAGAGUUUCACGGGUGAGGACUGCGUGGAGUUCCACGUGCACGGAGGCCCUGCGGUGGUCAGCGGCGUCCUGGAAGCGCUGGGCAGUGUGCCAGGACUUCGAGCUGCUGAGGCAGGGGAGUUCACCAAGCGGGCCUUCGCCCACGGGAAGCUGAGCCUGACAGAAGUAGAGGGGCUAGCAGAUCUAAUCCAUGCAGAAACUGAAGCCCAGAGGCGCCAGGCCCUGAGGCAGCUGGAGGGCGAGCUGGGCCAGCUGGGCCAACACUGGGCUGAGACCCUAACCAAGGCUCUGGCUCAUGUGGAGGCCUAUAUCGACUUUGGAGAGGAUGACAAUUUAGAAGAAGGUGUCUUAGAGCAAGCGGAUAAAGAAGUGAGGGCCCUGGAGGUCUCCCUCCAGGCACACCUGCGGGAUGCCAGGCGCGGGCAGAGGCUCCGCUCAGGGGCACACGUUGUGGUAGCUGGACCCCCUAAUGCCGGCAAGAGCAGCCUAGUGAACAUGCUCAGCCGGAAGCCUGUGUCCAUCGUGUCACCAGAACCAGGGACCACCCGCGAUGUCCUAGAGACCCCAGUGGACCUGGCCGGGUUCCCUGUGCUGCUGAGUGACACCGCUGGACUGCGUGAAGGCGUGGGGCCAGUGGAGCAGGAGGGUGUGCACAGGGCCCGCCAGAGGCUGGAGCAAGCUGACAUCAUCCUGGCAUUGCUGGACGCCUCCGACCUGGGCUCCUCCUCCAGCUGCGACUUCCUGGAUACUGUGGUGGUCCCCCUGGCAGCCCAGCGCCCAGAUGAUGGCCAGCGGCUCCUUCUGGUGCUGAACAAAUCGGACCUGCUGCCCCCCGAGGGCAGGGUCCCCAGCCCUGGCCUACCCCCACACCUUCUGCUGUCCUGCCUGACUGGAGCUGGGCUGGAUGACCUCCUGAAGGCUCUGAGGACUCAGCUGGCUGCAGUGUGUGGGGAUCCAUCCAUAGGCCCUCCACUCUUGACCCGGGCCCGGCACCAGCACCACCUCCAGGCCUGCCUGGAUGCCCUUAGCCAGUACCAGCCGGCUUCAGACCUGGCCCUGGCGGCAGAGGCCCUACGAGUUGCUCGAAGGCACCUGAGCCACCUCACCGGGGGAGGGGGCACUGAAGAGAUCCUGGACCUCAUCUUCCGGGACUUCUGUGUGGGCAAAUGAGGGGCCCAGAGCCCCGUGGACUUCUCAGAAGAGAUGGAUACGAAAUGGCAGGACUGGGCCUGCAGAGGGCAGGAGCGCCCCAGGGCUGGAGCAGCCAGCCGGGCCUGUGCACUGGGUAGGAGCCCAGUCCCAGGCUGGGCACCACCCCUCUGCUGGCUUACAGACCUGCACCACCAUGCCACGUAUGUGCCGCUGCAGAUGGAACCCAGGGAUCGAGCAUGUGAGGAGCAGAGCCCCAUACCCAGCGCCUCACCUGGAGAUUCUAGGCAGAGCUCAGCCAGGCUCCUGACUUCAUAGUUUUUGUUUUCCAAAUACCAAAGCAGUGUGAAGAGUUUGGGAAACCAAGAAAUGUUUGUGCAUUAAGAAACUGCUUUACCUUCAAGAAAUUUCUCUACGUAUUCCCAUCCUAUGGCUGCAUCUGGUAGCCAAAUAUAUUUAUUUAAGUUUUGUACUGGCUUUUUUACAGUUAUAUACAGUGGCUCUGUUAGGACAUUUUCAUUCAUGUAUAUAGGGGAUGUAUGCCAGUUGCCUACUGCAUAUCUGGCACCAAGAACCAAAGUGAGCCUGGGAAGCUGUGGUGCCAGGGGACUUACUGCACCCAGCCUGCUCCAGGAGGCCGAGGCAGAGGCUGCUCUUUCUGCUCAUUUCCAUGGUGAUCCCUGGGCCAUGGAGGGGGUAGCAUGGAUGUCCCAUUGGAUGUCCCAUUUAGAGCUGAGCAUUGAUGCCUACUUUCCCUAGUUUGACCAAUUGUGCACCUGCAGUCAGCUGCCCACUGUAGAAAGAGGCUCCUGAUCCUGGCCCAGGCAGUCCACAGUGACCUCCAAGCUCACCACUUAGCCGAAGCCUACCUUAAACUCCUGAACCUCUGCCACAGCCUCCUGAGCCUGGGAGGGCAGGCCUGUGCCACCAUACCUGGCCUCACAGGAUAUUCUUUUAUUUAGUCAUUGAGAGGUGGGGGAUGUUUGCAUGUACACAUAUGGACAACUUCCAGGAGUCAUUUCUCUCUUUCCACCAUGUAGGUUUUUGUGUGUUCUAUAUGUGUGUGCUAUAUGUGUUUGGGUGCCUG